AGGAAAGAGGAAGACUGUGCUCCCUGACUCCACUGGGGUGUAGGCGCAGGCUGCCCUUCCUCCAUUCCUUCUGCCAGAGACUUGAUGUUAACAGUGUCUGGGCCCUGGAGUGGGGAGAACCUGCUGGCCCUUCACACCUUCCCUGUGGGCCCAGCUUCCCUCACAUUCCAGUUCAGCAUCAACCCAGGUCUCCCUGAGAGGAGAGAAGACCCCAGCCAGCUCUCCCUCCCUUUCCCAGGCCUAGGAGGACUCCUGUGGAGAGUCCAAGUGGCCUUGCAUAGCCACCUGUCCCAGGGCCUGCUUCCACACCUGCUCUGCCUCUGCUGAGCCUGCGGCCUAGAGCCCUCAGCAGGGUAUUUGCCUUCUGACCCAUUGGGCUCUCAGGAAGCAGAUCAUGUCUGCCUGUGCUGUUUCCCCAGGAGGGUGCAGGCUGGGGCAGAUCCCCUGAACCUGCAGCAGUUGCCCUGAAUUGCCCAGUGAAGCUGUCUUUCCUCCUCUUCUUCCCCAUUCACCAAUAUUUGACAUCUUUAUUGAGGGGCCACAGUAUACUGGCCCUUGCUCUGGGAAUACAGUCAGUGGUGAAGGAGACAACGUCCUGCCCUGCAUUAGGACCCAGCCAUAUGGUCUAAUUUGAGUGAGGAGUAAAGACAUUCAGCAAACAACCUUACAAAUAUAAAAUUAUAGAGUUGGGGCAUGGUGGCUCACGCCUGUAAUUCCAGUACUUUGGGAGGAUGAGGCCAGUGGAUCACUUGAGCACAGGAGUUCGAGAGCAGUGGUCAACAUAGUGAAACCCCAUCUCUACUAAAAAUAUAAAAAUUAGCUGGGCGUGGUGGCACACACCUGUAAUCCCAGCUAUUUUCAGGGGCUGAGGCGGGAGGGUGGCUUGAGCCCAGGAUGUCAAGGCCUCAGUGAGCCUAGACUGACUGUGCCACUGCAUUCCAGCCUGGGUGACAAAAAUGAGACCCUGUCUCAAAGUAAAACUAUAGAGAUGAGUAUUGCAUCAGAAAGCAGUGUAAUUCAGUGAGAGGAUAUUGAUUCAUCCUAAUUAUGAUUUAUGAGGCAGAGUGUGGAUGUGGGGAGCAGAGAGGGAAUUAGGAGGUGCAAAGGCCCUGGGGCAAACAGGUAGGCAGGUCCUCAAAAAGUUGAACCUAACAGUUACCAGAAUGUAACAGUUACCGUAUUACCCAACACUUCCACUCCAAGUAUAUACCUAAGAGAAAUGAAAACAUGUCCCCAUAAAACCUUGCACGUGGCCGGGUGUGGUGGCUCACGCCUGUAAUUCCAGCACUUUGGGAGGCUGAGGUGGAUGGAUCACAAGGUCAAGAGAUUGAGACCAUCCUGGCCAACAUGGUGAAACCCUGUCUCUACUAAAAAUACAAAAAUUAGCCGGGCAUAGUGAGGGGCACCUAUAAUCCCAGCUAUUCGGUAGGCUGAAAUGCCAGCUACUCGGGGGCCUGAGGCAAGAGAAUCACUUGAAUCCAGGAGGCAGAAGUUGCAGUGAGCCGAGAUCACACCAUUACACUCAAGCCUGGGCAACAGAGUGAGAGUCCAUCUCAAAAAAAAAAAAAAUCCUUGCACGUGAAUUUUUUAUUUUUAUUUUUUGUGACAAGAUCUCACACUGUCACCCAGGUUGGAGUGUAGUGUCACAAUGGUGGCUCACUGCAGUUUGAGCUCCCAGGCUCAAGUGAUUUCCUGCCUCAGCCUCCGAAGUAGCUGCAACCACAGCUGUGUACCACCACACCCAGCUAAUUUUUUUUUGUAUUUUUUGUAGAGACAGGGUCUCACUAGUCUCACUAUGCUUCCCAGGCUUGUCUGCAACUCCUAGGCUCAAGCGAUCUGCCUGCUUCAACCUCCUGAUGUGUGGGAUUACAGGCGUGAGUCACUGUGCCCGGCCCAACUUGUACAUGAAUUUUUAGAGCAUCAUUAAUUCAUAAUAGCCAAAAAUGAAACAACCCAAAUGCCCAUCAACCGAUGAACCAAAAAAAUAUAUCUAGACAACAAGUAUUAACCAACUGCAAAAAGUAAUGUGAAGUUUUUUUUUUCUUUAUGAUGGAGUUUCUUCUCAUUGCCCAGGCUGGAGUGCAGUGUCGAGAUCUGGGCUCACCACAGCCUCCACCUCCCAGGUUCCAGCGAUUCCUCUACUUCAGCCUCAUAUCUGGGAUUAUAGGCAUGCACCACCAUGCCUAGCUAAUAUUUUGUGUUUUUAUUAGAGACAGGGUUUCUCCAUGUUGGUCAGGCUGGUCUUGAACUCCUGACCUUAGUUGAUCCACUUGCCUUGGCCUCCCAAAGUGCUGGGAUUACAGGUAUGAGCCACCAUGCCCAACCUGAAGUUUUGAUAUGGUUGAAAACAUAGAUGAAUCUUGAAAACAUUAUGCUAAGUUAAAAAAGCCAGUCACAGAUGCCCACAUAUUGUAUGAUUCCAUUCCUGUGAAGGGUCCACAACAGACAGGUCCGUAGACUGGGUGGCUUAAACAUAGGAAAUUUAUUUUCUCACAGUUCUGGAGGCUAAGUCCAAGAUCAAGGGAUUGGCAGAGUUGGUUUCAUUCUGAGGCCUUGCUCCUGGGCUUGUAGAUAGUCAUAUUCACCCUGUGUCUUCACGUGCUCUACUUCUAUGUGACUGUGUCCUUUUUAAAAAUUUACUGUGGCUGAGCACAGUGGCUCACACCUGUAAUCCCAACACUUUUGGAGGCUGAGGUGGGCAGAUGACGAGGUCAAGAGAUUGAGACCAUCCUGGCUAACAUGGUGAAACCCUGUCUCUACUGAAAAUACAAAAACUAGCUGGGCGUGGUGUCGCAUGCCUGUAGUCCCAGCUGCUCAGGAGGCUGAGGUAGGAGAAUCGCUCGAACCCGGGAGGUGGAGGUGGCAGUGAGCUGAGAUCGCGCAACUGCACUCUAGCCUGGAUGACAGAGCAGACUCUGCCAUAAAAGAAAAAUUAUCAUGGCCAGCCAUGGUGGCUCACACCUGUAAUCCAAGCACUUUGGGAAGCCAAGGCAGGUGGAUCACCUGAGGUCAGGAGUUCGAGACCAGCCUGACAAACAUGGUGAAACCCUGUCUCUACUAAACACAAAAAAUUAGCCAGGCGUGGUGGAUGCCUGUGAUCCCAGCUACUUGAGAGAUGGAGGCAGGAGAAUCUCUUGAACCCAGGAGGUGGAGGUCGCAGUGAGCUGAGAUUGUGCUAUUGCACUCCAGCCUGGGCAACAAAAGCAAAACUCCAUCUCAAAAAUAAAAUAACAUAAUUUUUUAAAAUAAAAAUUUAUUAUUUAUUUGUUUUUGUUUUCGAGACAGGGUCUUUCUCUGUUGCUUAGGCUGGAGUACAGUGGUGCAGUCACGACUCACUACAGCCUCCAUCUCCAGGAGUUCAAGACCAGCCUGGGCAACAUGGUGAAACCUAUCUCUACAAAAAAUUAGCCAGAUGUGGUCUCAGCUACUCAGGAGACUGAGGUGGGAGGAUCACUUGAGCCUAGGAGAUAGAGGUUGCAGUUCUCUUAGACUGCGCCACUGCACUUACCACUGUACCCACCAGCCUAGGUGACAGAUUGAGACCCUGUCUCAAAAAAAUGUGGGGCGACACCAGUCUUACUGGAUGAGGUACCAUAUGACUUCAUUUUACCUCAGUUACCCCUUUAAAGACCCUUCUCCAAACACAAUCACAUUUUGAGACACUGAGAGUUAGGAGUUAAACAUAUGCGUUUGGUUGGGGGGACGUGAUUCAGCCAUACCAACAUGGGGAAUGGAACCAUACCAACAUGCGGAAUGGAGCCAUACCAACAUGGGGAAUGGAACCAUACCAACAUGCGGAAUGGAGCCAUACCAACAUGGGGAAUGGAGCCAUACCAACAUGCGGAAUGGAGCCAUACCAACAUGCUGAAUGGAGUGGUGUAACUGCCGAUGGGUAUGCGUCUCCUUUUUGGGUGAUUCAAAUGUUCUGGAAUUAAUGCGCAUCUUCGUGAAUAUACUAAGAAACCACUGAAUUGCCCAGCCAGAAAGGAUGAACUUUGCCCUGAGGCAGGAAGAAGGCUGGAAUGCAGAGAGAGAAACCAGUAGGGAUGAGCUGGCCUGCUUGGCGGGGGUGAGGGCGGGGGGGCCAUACUACAUAAGACGUUGCCCUUCUCCACUACUUGGUAUUAAAGCUCAUUAUGGGGACCCUUUCAAACUGGGGUUGGGAUUGGAAUUGAGAUCCGUAACUGAAACUUCAAGGGCUGGGCUCUGGCCCUGCCAGGCAUCCGACACAGAGCCUGCGGCAGCACAUGUGGGCUGUCCUAAGUCCUUGUCAACGCAUUAGUCAUUGAGUUCUCAUCACAGUCCAGUGAUGACAUCCAGCCAGGCUGGGCGCUCACCAGGCUUCUCCAGCCCUGCAGGUCCACCCUCGCUCUGCUUCUCCCAAGCACCUCUGGCCCCAGGCCUGUCCAUUGCUGGAGCUGGCCCCUUGGUGAGGCUGCUGGGAGGGCCCGUGCUGCCAGGGCGUUCAGGGCCAGUGUCAGAGGUUCAGAAGGGACGCCCAACGGGGUGCCCAGGUGGCAUGAUGCCUCUAUGCUCAGAGAAGCCACCUCCCAGCUCGUGGGUGGGUGCGGCAGAGGCCUGCGUGACCUUGCUGCUGACAUUCCUCAGAGGCCACGUGGCCCCAACUGGCAGGGACAGCUGCGGACAGGGGCUGAACCAGCUUUGUUCCCGGGGUGGCGCCUGCUCUCCAUCCAGGCCCCGCUCCGGCUCCCACCCAAUACUGCUUUUGUUCCUGGGUUCAGGGGGCAGCCGGCACUCUGAGUCCUGUGCCAUGAGUGCCUAGAGGCACAGAGCCACCAGGGGUCACCCCACGUGGAGCACAGGGCUUGGGGAGGAUGGGGCAGGACCAGACCAAGCAGCAGAUUGAGAAGGGGCUCCAGCUGUACCAGUCCAACCAGACAGAGAAGGCACUGGAGGUGUGGAUGAAGGUGCUGGAGAAGAGCUCGGACCUCAUGGGGCGCUUCCGCGUGCUGGGCUGCCUGGUCACGGCCCACUCAGAGAUGGGCCGCUACAAGGAGAUGCUGAAGUUCGCUGUGGUCCAGAUCGACACGGCCCGGGAGCUGGAGGAUGCCGACUUCCUCCUGGAGAGCUACCUGAACCUGGCGCGCAGCAACGAGAAGCUGUGCGAGUUUCACAAGACUAUCUCCUACUGCAAGACCUGCCUGGGGCUGCCUGGCACCAGGGCAGGUGCCCAGCUCGGAGGCCAGGUCAGCCUGAGCAUGGGCAAUGCCUUCCUGGGCCUCAGCGUCUUCCAGAAGGCCCUGGAGAGCUUCGAGAAGGCCCUGCGCUACGCCCACAACAACGACGACGCCAUGCUGGAGUGCCGUGUGUGCUGCAGCCUGGGAAGCUUCUACGCCCAGGUCAAGGACUAUGAGAAAGCCCUGUUCUUCCCCUGCAAGGCCGCAGAGCUCGUCAAUGACUAUGGCAAAGGCUGGAGCCUGAAGUACCGGGCCAUGAGCCAGUACCACAUGGCUGUGGCCUAUCGCCUGCUGGGCCACCUGGGCAGUGCCAUGGAGUGUUGUGAGGAGUCUAUGAAGAUUGCACUGCAGCAUGGGGACCGGCCACUGCAGGCGCUCUGCCUACUCUGCUUCGCUGACAUCCACCGGAGCCGUGGGGACCUGGAGACGGCCUUUCCCAGGUAUGACUCCGCCAUGAGCAUCAUGACCGAGAUCGGAAACCGCCUGGGGCAGGUGCAGGCACUGCUGGGUGUGGCCAAGUGCUGGGUGGCCAGGAAGGCACUGGACAAGGUCCGCCCUCCUCCCCCGUGCUUCCCUGUGAGGAAGGCCUCUGUCAGAGGGCCCUGCCCGCAGCCCUGGCCUGUGCUCACCUUUCAGGCUCUGGACGCCAUCGAGAGAGCCCAGGAUCUGGCCGAGGAGGUGGGGAACAAGCUGAGCCAACUCAAGCUGCACUGUCUGAGCGAGAGCAUCUACCGCAGCAAAGGGCUGCAGCGGGAACUGCGGGCGCACGUGGUGCGCUUCCACGAGUGUGUGGAGGAGACGGAGCUCUACUGCGGCCUGUGCGGCGAGUCCAUAGGCGAGAAGAACAGCCGGCUGCAAGCCCUGCCCUGCUCCCACAUCUUCCACCUCAGGUGCCUGCAGAACAACGGGACCCGGAGCUGCCCCAACUGCCGCCGCUCAUCCAUGAAGCCUGGCUUUGUCUGACUCCCAGCAGUGGGCCUGGGCUUCCUCCUUGACGCUCCUGCUUUUCCUCCACUGCCUGCUGGAGGCCCAUGUACUCCCUUGGGGCAGCUGCCAGCGGGUCCUCACCAUAGCCAGGGCCUGGGGCCUGCCCAGGGCUGCUCCUCUGGGCCCAGCUCCCCUCCCUGCCUCUUUGUACUUUGCUCUUUAUAGAAAAAUAAACUGUUUGUACCUGG